AUGCUGAAACCGUUGACUCGACGUUCAAGUCAAACUGAUUCUCAUCCACAUUCGAUUGUUGUUGCUGGUUUCAACGAUGACAAUCUACUUGAUAUUGCUGUCGCCAAUGCAGGUAGUGAUAACAUCGGUAUUCUUCUUGCAUAUGGCAACAAUACUUUUGCAAGUCAAUUUUCGUAUUCAACUGGCUCUGGUUCAAAUCCAUACUCACUCACUGUUGGUGAUUUCAACAACGAUCAUCGAAUGGAUAUAGCCGUCGCAAACUUCGGUACUCACAAUGUAGGAAUAUUUCUCGGACUUGGAAAUGGUUUUUUCACGAGCCAAACAACAUUUUCUACUGGACCUUCUCGACCACGAGCGAUCACUGUUGGUGACUUUAACAGUGACAAUAAACUCGAUAUUGCUGUCGCUAAUUAUGGUACUAGCAAUAUAGGUGUACUUCUAGGACUUGGUAAUGGAACUUUCUCAAAUCAGACAACUUUCAGUACUGGCUAUGAUUCUCUUCCAUUGUCAAUCGCUGUUGGGGAUUUCAACAACGAUAAUAAACUCGAUAUCGCCGUCGUUAAUAAUGUCACCAAUAAUGUAGGAAUAUUUCUUGGACAUGGGAAUGGAUCUUUUGAAGAUCAAAUGACAUUUACAACUGGUAUUAAGUCUCAACCGUACUCAAUUGCAUUGGCCGACUUAAACAACGACACUCAUUUGGAUAUAACUGUCUCCAAUUUUAACACCCACAAUGUAGGCGUUUUUCUUGGUCACAGAGACGGAAGCUUUGAAAAACCAACACUUUAUUCUACUGGUAAUAAGUCUUAUCCUGUCUCAGUGGCUAUUAGUGAUUUUAACAAUGAUAAUAAACUAGAUAUUGUUGUUGCCAACUCACAGACAAACAAUAUAGGUCUAUUUUUUGGAUAUGGGAAUGGGACUUUUGCAACGCAGGUUACCUAUUCAGUUCUCACUGGUUUUAAUCUUCAUUCAAUUGUUGCCGAUGACUUCAAUAAUGAUAAUAUACUGGAUAUCGUCAUUGCUAGUUAUGCUACGAACGAUGUCAACGUUUUUUUUGGAUCUUUCAAUUCCACUUUUUCCGACCAAGUUCAAUACUCAACUGGAGACUAUUCCCAACCAUCGUCAGUCGUCAUUGAUGAUUUUAAUAACGACGACAAAUUGGAUAUUGCUGUUGCCAACAGAAAUAGUAGUAAUUUAGGCAUUUUUCUUGGUUAUGGUGAUGGAAGCUUUUCUACCCAAAUGACUUAUUCGACUGGAUCUAAUUCAAAUCCACGAUCAAUCACUGUAGGUGAUUUUAACGGCGAUGGUCUAUUGGAUAUCGCUGUUGCUAAUGAGGGUUAUGGCAACGUAGGUGUUUUCCUUCAGUAUCGGAAUGGCACUUUUAUGCCUCAAAAGUCCUAUUCAAAUGAGUGGUACCCUGCCUCAUUUUCAGUAGCCAGUUGUGAUUUUGACAACGAUGGUCGUCUCGAUAUCGCUGUCGCGAAUCGCUACAUAGACGAAAUAACUAUUUUAUUUGGUGAUGGUGAUGGUAACUUUUCACAUGGAUUGAUCUCUGCAAUAUACUCUGAGUAUCGACCAUUUUCAAUAACAGUUGGCGAUUUUAACAAUGAUGAUCGAUUUGAUAUCGCUGUUGCUAAUGAACUUUACUGGGACACCAACAAUGUAGGUGUUUUUCUUAACUAUGGCAACAGGACUUUCUCAGGUCAGAUAAGCAAUCCAACUGAGUUUGGUUCUUAUCCACGAGCGGUUACCGUUGGCGAUUUCAACAACGAUGGCAAACUUGACAUCGCCGUCGCCAAUUUCCAGAAACCGACUAUUGGCAUUUUCAUUGGAAAUGGGGAUGGGACCUUUUCAAAUCAAGUAGUAUAUGCAAUCGGUGGAAAAGCUAAUCCAAUUUCCUUAACUGCUUGUGAUUUCAACAACGAUAGUCGACUCGAUAUCGUCGUCGCUAAUUCGGGUGUUUCCAAUGUAGCUGUAUUUUUGGGAAAAGGUAAAGGCAUAUUUUCAAGUCCAUUGUAUUAUUCUACUGGUAAUAAUUCUCAGCCGUAUUCGGUAGCUACUGGUGACUUGAAUAAUGAUAAUCGAUUGGAUAUCGUUGUUGCCAACUCUGGCAGUAACAACAUAGGUAUUUUCCUUGGUUUAGAUGUCAUAAAAUUUACUCGCAAAGCCACUUACUCAACUGGAUUCUCCGUGCAUCCAGAAUAUGUUGUGGUCUAUGAUUUUAAUAACGACACUCAACUAGAUAUUGUUGUUGCUAAUUCUAAUCAAGACAAUGUCGGCGUUCUUUUAGGAUAUACAAAUGUAACAUUUUCAAUGGAGACAACGUAUUCCACAGGUUAUCAGUCGCGUCCGAUUUCACUUGCUGUAGGCGAUUUUAACAACGACGACCGACAGGAUAUCAGCAUCGCCAAUGCUAAUUCUGACAGUGUUGGUGUUCUUUUUGGAUACGGAAACGGGUCUUUUGAAAACCAAGUGAUAUACCCAACUGGCAGUGGUUCUAAUCCACGGUCGAUCGCCACCGGUGAUUUUAAUAAUGAUUCACGCCUCGAUAUUGUCGUCGUCUACAAUGGGAUCAAUAGUGUGGGUGUACUACUUAGAUAUGAUGAUAUAGCUUUUGAAAGUCCAGUGUUGUAUUCGACUGACUCUGGUUCUACACCGAAUUGGAUUAGUUUUGGUGAUUUGAACAAUGACAAUAAUCUUGAUAUCGCUAUCGCCAAUUAUGGAACUCACAAUAUAGGGGUUCUCUAUGGGUAUGGCAAUGGCAGUUUUAAAGAUCCACAGUUCUAUUCAACUGGCAGCGGUUCUCGGCCAUAUUCAAUUGUAGUUUGUGAUUUCAACAAUGACAGUUUUCUUGAUAUUGUAUUUUCCGACAAUUUUAGAAAACGUAUAGGUAUACUUUUUGGGGUAGGUAAUGGCUCAUUUUCGACACCGGAGCUCUUUUACAGUGGUGGUGCAUGGCCAGAAACUGUUGCAGUUGCCGAUUUCGAUAAUGAUGGUCAACUGGAUAUUGCGGUUAACAUUGAAGAUAAUGUAUACAUUUUGCUUCAAUACCAUAAUGGCCGGUUUGCAUCUGAGACUACUUGUUCAACUGGACACUCCUCUACUCUUCAGGCUAUCGCUAUUGGAGAUUUCAAUAAUGAUGGUUGGCUCGAUAUGGCCAUCGCCAUUUUUCACACUAAUAAUAUAGGAAUUUUGCUUGGAACAGGCAAUGGAUCUUUUUUACCGAUACAAACUUAUCCAACCGGAUUGAAUUCCGGUCCAAGAGCAAUCGCUGUAGCUGAUUUUAACGGCGACGGUCAAUUAGACAUUGCUGUCGCUAAUCAUAAUGGUAACAACUUAGGCAUUUUCUUUGGGUAUCGCAAUGGCAGUUUUAUGCCUCAACAGAUUUAUCCAACUGGGUUAGGUUCUGCACCAAUUUCAGUCACCAUUUGUGAUUUUAACAAUGACGGUCGACUCGAUAUUGUUGUGGCCAAUUUUGGGACCCAUACUAUAGGCAUUUUUCUAGGGUAUAAGGAUGGAAUGUUUUUCAAUCAAAAAACUUACCCCCUUGAGGACUUCUCUUCGCCUGUUUUUGCCAUUGGACAUGAUUUCAAUCACGAUGGACAGAUGGAUAUUGUUGUGGCUAAUAAAAACAGAGGUAAUGUAGGUGUCAUGUUUGGUUAUGUCAGUGCCACGUUUCGUAGUCUACCAGCAUAUCCAAUUGGAAAUUCGUCAAAACCAAAUUGUGUCACCGUAGGAGAUUUUGAUAACGAUUCCCGAUUAGAUAUUGCCAUCGCAUGCAGUGGCAGUGACAAUGUGAUGAUACUUCUUGGUUCAGGGAUUGGCACUUUUUCAAGUCAAACAAAUUACUCAACUGGAAAUGGUUCUUAUCCAUAUUGGAUCAGAACUGGUGAUUUUAACAAUGAUAGUCGACUCGAUAUCGUCGUAGCGAAUUAUGGUGCUAACAAUAUAGGUGUUCUACUAGGGCAUGGCAAUGGUACUUUCUCCAGUCAAACAACUUAUUUUACUGGCGAUGAAUCUCAUCCAUAUUCAGUUGUUGUAGGAGACUUUGACAAUGACAAGCGAAUGGACAUCGCCGUUGCCAAUUAUGGUACUAAUAAUGUUGGUCUUUUUUCUGGUUAUGGCAAUGGAAGCUUUGCGAAACAAAUACUGUUUUCAACUGGUUUUGACUCUCAUCCAUUUGCCAUGGCUUCUGGAGAUAUUAACAAAGACAAUACUGAGGAUGUUAUUAUUGUAAAUAAUGGAUACGGCAAUCUUGUAACAUUAUCUAAGUUAUGUUAA